GGUUCUGAGCAGGAAGUCGCCCGCCCUCGCCCGGGGCAGCCGAGCAGCCCCGCGCUCGCCCGGGCGCCGUCGGUGAGCCCGCGGCCGGUCGGACAGUCCACCCUGCGCUCGCCCCGCGCUGCCAGAGCGGCCGGGCGGAGAUCAAUGCGGCUUUGUCUGGGACGCCCACACCCCAGAGGCCGCUCCCGGUCUGCAAAUUGGAGCACGGCGGCGCGGGGCGCGAGCGCGGGUGAGAUAAGCGGCCAUGUGAUCCUACCUGGGCGCGGGGGAGGGGCGUGCAGGUGAGACGCGGCGGCGGGCGCCCAGCACCCGGCACCCAACACCCAGCACCCGGCACCACGCGCGGCGGCCGCGGGGCUCCAGCAGCAUGUCUGUCAGCAGAAAGGACUGGUCCGCGCUGUCCAGCCUGGCCAGGCAGCGGACUCUGGAGGAUGAAGAAGAGCAGGAGCGUGAACGCAGGCGCCGGCAUCGCAACCUGAGUUCUACCACAGACGAUGAGUCUCCCAGACUCACCCAGAACGGAGACCGUCAGGCCACUGAGAGGCUACCCAGCGUAGAGGAAGCAGAGGUACCCAAGCUACCACCCCCAGCCUCCAAAGAUGAAGAUGAGGACAUCCAAAGCAUCCUCAGGACUCGGCAGGAGCGGAGGCAGAGGCGGCAGGCAGUGGAGGCUGCACAGACCCCCAUCCAGGAGCGGAUAGAGGCUGAGGAGGGAAGAGAUGGUCUGGGCCCGGGGCAGGCCGUAAAGCAGCCCCUAGUGCCCAAGAAGGAACCAGAAGCCCCACCCCGCAGGAGACUGAGCCGGGAGCAGCGAGGACCCUGGGCCCGGGAGGAGGAACCAGGAGCAGGCAAGAAGGGGAUUCCAGAGGAGACUUCAGUCUCUGAGAAAUCUCCUGUGGCAGAGAAGACAGCAGCGCCUAGCAAGGAAACCUGCACCUCCGAGAAGGGACCAGCCCCAGAGAAAACAUCUUCAUUUGAGAAGACAGUGCCGAGGAAGCGAGGCAGCUCAGAGAGGAAGCCUGUUCCAGAAAACACAGGUGUCUCAGACAAGUCCCCCGCCCCUGAGAAAACAUCUGUGUCUGAGAAGACAACAGCAUCGGAGAAAAGAUCCAUCUUGGAGAAAACGUCGAUUCUAGACAAAGCAAGUGUCUCUGAGAAGAUGCCCGAGAGGAGAUUGGUGUCUGAGAAAGCAUCCAUCUUUGAAAAGUCACCGGUCUCAGAGACGAAGCCGGCCCCAAGGAAGGCAACAGCCUCAGAGCCACCCCAGGCCUCUGGGGAAAGCCAGGCCAAAACGAAGGAGCAGAGGGGAAGAACCCUCCCGGGCAAGAACCCACCUUCCCCACCAGACCCUCCGACAGUGGCUUCUCGUCUUAAGCCCAUCACGCUCCAGGUGAAAAUCCCCAGCAAGGAGGAAGAAGCAGACGCAUCCUCACCCACCCAGAUCACCUACAGCAGCUCCCUCAAACGCUCCAGCCCCAGGACCAUCUCCUUUCGGAUGAGCCCUAGGAAAGACAACUCGGAAACAGCCUUAACCCGCAGUGCCAGCGUGAGGCUGACCACCAGCUCGGUCAAGCUAGGAGAGAAGCUGGAGCGAUACCACACAGCCAUACAGAGAUCAGAAUCGGUCAGGUCUCAAGGCUCCUCCCGCACUGAGUUCUUUGUGGCUCCUGUGGGUGUGGCCAGCAAGCGCCACCUCUUUGAGAAGGAACUGGCUGGCCAGAGUCGCGCAGAACCAACCUCCAGCCAGAAGGACAACUUGAGAUUGUCAGGGGUUGUGACAUCCAGGCUCAACCUGUGGAUCAGUAAGACUCAGGAGUCUGGAGAUCAAGACCCCCAGGAAGCACGGAGGGAGUUGGCGGCUACCAAGAGGACUCAGUGGACAAAGAAAUCCGAUGCCUCCCUGGAUGUUGAGGUGUGACGAGCCCCGCCAAGACAGACCUGCAAGUCUGCGUCUCAGGGGCCCUUCCUUGCGGCAGGCCCGCCUCUGCAGCAGUGUCGCUCACUGCCUCCACUCCCUUCCUGCCUCUGGACCUGUCUGGCCAGGGCCCCUGGGGGCCAGAAAUAUCAGCAGCACUCAGCUAGCUCCUUCCCAGUCCAGCCUCUGGGAUCAGCUGUGCCAUGGCACCUUCUUGUCCUGCUGUGGGUACAGCAGAUCCUGGGACCCAGCUGCAGCCCAGGACACAGCACUGUGCAUGUGGACACUGUGGAGCCUCACCGUCCUACCCAGAGAGAGAUGUCCUCUCCCUGCUGCUCACUUCCAGGCAGGACAGGGCUGUCUCUCAAUAUCUCCAGGGUCACCUGCCUCAUUUGCUCCCAAUGAGUGCCUCCAUGUGCCUAUGAUGUCUCCCACGCUGAGGCCUAGACCUCCCACCCUCACCCCAGGGCCUCUCCCAGCCUGCUGAGAGCAGGCCAGACUGUGAAGGAGAAGGCAUAUACCGUCCAUGUACCCCACCCGCCUGCCCUUUCUCCCUUCCCUUCCCUGGCCUGCUGCCUGGCCAGGAGCUCAGUGGCUUUUUGUGCAACUGCUUGUCUUACCCUCUCUCAGAAAAAAAAAAAAAUUUUUGUUCUCAGGAAA